UUCCUUACUUUGGGGGUCUGCAACGGUGAAAAAGGAAAGGGGUUCGCUAGGGUUCUUCUCAAAGCCAUUUCUAAUCGAAAGAGUACGACAUGGCCGAAGGACGUGAGUUUGAGUUUCAGAUUUACAACUCCAUGACCAAGCAAAAGGAGAAAUUCAACCCCAUAGUUCCAGGCAAAGUCUCCAUGUACGUUUGUGGAGUUACAUCUUACGACUUCAGUCAUAUUGGUCAUGCUCGUGCUUAUGUCGCCUUUGAUGUCCUCUUUCGGUAUUUGAAACAUUUGGGAUAUGAAGUUAAGUAUGUGCGGAACUUCACUGACGUAGACGACAAGAUUAUUAAAAGAGCCAAUGAGAUUGGGGAGGACCCGUUAGCUUUGAGUGGUCGGUUUUGCGAAGAGUUUCUGAUUGAUAUGGCUGAUCUACAGUGCUUACCCCCUAAUGAGCAACCGCGUGUUUCAGAUCAUAUGGAUCAAAUAAGGGAUAUGAUAGAAAAGAUAAUUAGCAAAAAUUGUGCUUACGCUGUUGAUGGGGAUGUCUAUUUUUCUGUUGAUAAUUUUCCCAGUUAUGGGCGGUUAUCAGGACGAAAGCUGGAGGACAAUAGAGCUGGUGAGCGGAUUGCUAUUGAUUCAAGGAAGAGAAAUCCAGCUGACUUUGCCUUGUGGAAGGCUGCUAAGCCAGGGGAGAUCAGUUGGGAAAGCCCAUGGGGUCCUGGAAGACCAGGAUGGCACAUUGAGUGCAGUGCAAUGAGUGCUGCUUAUUUGACAGAGAAAUUUGAUAUUCAUGGAGGUGGGAUGGAUCUAAUCUUUCCGCAUCAUGAGAAUGAGAUUGCCCAGAGUUGCGCUGCCUGUCCAAAUAGCAAUAUAAGUUACUGGAUGCAUAAUGGUUUUGUCACUGCAAAUGAUGAAAAAAUGUCAAAAUCAGUUGGGAACUUUUUUACUAUUCGUGAGGUGACUAAACUAUAUCACCCACUUGCCUUGAGGCAUUUCUUGAUGGGAACACAUUAUCGAUCCCCAGUCAAUUACUCAAUUGGUCAGAUUGAGAUAUCCUCAGAGGCUGUCUUUUACAUAUAUCAGACCCUGGAAGAUUGUGAGAGUGCUAUCUCACAAUUCCAAGAAGGAAGCCAAAAGGAUGGGGCUGUUUCUAGUGGCAAGAAGUAUCCCAUUACUGAUGAUGCCAAAAAGUGCAUCAAGAAUCUGCAAAGUCACUUUGAAGAGAAGAUGUCUGACGAUUUGCACACACCUUCUAUUCUGAACGCGGCCCUUCAAGAUGCAUUACGAUUGCUGAACAAAAUUUUGAGCCUGCUCAAGAAAAAGCUUCAAAAACCACAGAAGCUGUCGAACAUUCAGUCUCUUAUCGAGCUAGAGAAAGAAGUGCGAGAUGUUUUGGACGUGCUAGGACUGCUUUCGAGCUCAAAAUACACUGAGGUUUUGAUGCAACUAAAAGAGAAAGCACUAAAGAGAGCAGAGAUAAGUGAAGAGGACAUAUUUCAACGUAUCGAAGAAAGAGCAUUAGCUAGGAAGAACAAGAAUUUCAAGCUAGGUGAUCAGAUUAGGAGUGAAUUGACUUGCAAGGGCAUUGCUCUGAUGGAUGUCGGCAAUGAAACCAUUUGGCGGCCGUGUGUGCCAACCGAACCAUCAGCAGGUUUAGAAGAAAAGCAAGGAGGAACGGCAACAUCAGCAGAUGGUCAACUGCAGGUCCCACCAAAGACAUCAGAUAGUCAACAGUCAGCAGAUGUUGUAAAAGCUUGAUAAGGUGAUGCCUUAUUCCUUUUUUGGAGUUCAAACUUAUAUAUUUGUGAGCUAAGAGUUGAUAUAUGAAUACUUGUGUGUUCUAAUUGUUGCAAACCCUUGGCGGGUUGUAGCAACAACCCAGGUGGAGCUGCAAAUGGUAAUUUUGACCUUUCCUUUCAAUAUACAAAACACAAGUGGAUUUGAUUACUUCA